AAAGUGAGACACACCCCCUUCUCUAGAAAAUAAUUGAAAAAGUUAUUACCUAGUUCGGCCCUGUAUGGUGAUUUAUGGAUCGAUCCCAGUGAAGGUACGUUGGGCUAUAUCUCGCUCCCUCAUUGUCAAUGCUAGGUUUCUCAUCCGCAUUUUUAUCUAGUCUAUCUAUUUUGUCUAUGUAGCAAGUUUGUAUUGUGGUUUGUAUUUUAAUUAAAAACAGUGAUAUGCAGGAGAACUUAGUGAACGAUGUUGUGGAGCUCUAUAAAGAGAAGAAAUGGAAGGACAUAGUUGAGAAGUAUCACGAUCAUCCAGAUAGGAACAAGUUACUGUGGGUGUUUCCCUCUGAGGAGAAUUUGAGUUUUCUUCGGAAACAUUUGCAGCGGUUGCGUUGUGAUAAAGUGCUAAGUAUUGGCUGCGGGAGUGGGCUGCUGGAGUGGAUAAUUACGGAGGCCACGGGUAUACCGGUAUCAGGAGUAGAGAUAGACGGGGCGUGGUGGCACUGCAAGUACGCCCCACCCACGUUUAUACCCCUCCUCUUCACUGCCAACAAGUUAGAAAGAGACAUCAUAACGCUACUUCAAGAAUCACACAAUACAGCCCUCUUGUUUUGUUACUUCAACAAUAGAGAGGCAUUUAAGGAGUAUUUGAAGUACUUCUCGGGAAAAGUCGUAGUUAUUAUUGGGCCUGCAGAUGGAAAAGGCGUCCAUACCGACCCCAGACCAUUCGGCGGGAUCAGCGAAGAAUGGACACUGUACCACAGCCAAGAAGUGAGGGAUAGCAAAGAUUUCAUCGCAAUAUAUUCCAGAAAUUGUUUAUAAAUAACAAGGCAUCAUUCCAAUAAAAUGUUCAACACAAUAUUGUAUUUAUAGAUAACAGUCUUUUAAAUGCAUAUACAUAUACAAAGUUAUGUAAUAUUUACAUAUUUCUACAUUAAACAACUUACAAUAA